CGCUCCCUGAUGUGACAACUGCUGUAUUCUGUAGCAUCCCUCCGACCUCGCCGUACCUGCCGUGAUCGGCUCGCACUCGCCCCAUGCUUGCGAUCACCCUAUUCCGUAAUGCUUUGGUAAUGUCAUGAUGUUGGUCAUGGAGGGCACCACACACGCAUCAAGCGGACCUGUGGCAAGGAAGAUGUUGGCUGCUGCACCGCUCUCACUCACGAGAUUCAUAUCUGUCAAUUUCACGACCAUGCCCUUGGAACAGAUGGAUGAGUCGCUCCUGUUGAACACUGUUGUGAUCUUUUACGAGUUGUCGACAACAGAUUUGUCAAGCCCACCAAAAGUGAUGGAUCCAUCACGGGGUUGGCCCGCACAUCCAGCACCCCAAUAGAGAGAGUACGACCUGGAAGAGAUGCUGUGAUCAGCCCGCAGCGCGUCGACGAAG